CCCGGAAGUAGUUAGCAACCAGCAACAGUUGGUUAGCGGUGCAUUUCAUGUUGUGGUAUAUAUACAGUCAAUGGUGGUGAUUUAAAGACGCUGAAAAGCAAAAUGUCAGACCAAACGCUAACCGUGACAGUCGCAUAUGGAUCAACUAAGCACAGCAUCACACUGACAGGCCAGGAUGAUAAUGGUAAAGGACUGACUGUUAAAGACCUGUCAGAGGCUCUCAUGCAAGCCACUGGGGUCCCAUCUGCCUCACAGAAACUCAUCUUCAAGGGGAAAUCACUGAAGGACAUGGAGGAGAGCCUAUCUAGCUAUGGAGUAAAAGAAGGCUGCAAACUCAUGAUGAUUGGAAAGCGGAACAGUCCAGAGGAAGAGGCUGAACUGAGGAAGCUGAAAGACAUCGAGAAAUCUGUGGAGCAGACGGCUAAAAAGCUGGAGAAGGUAGACGGAGAGCUGACUGGACUAAAAAAUGGCUUCCUGGCCAAAGACCUCCAGGCAGAGGCGCUGGGUAAACUAGACCACAGAGUGAAAAUAGCUGCAGAGCAGUUCAUGAAGAUACUGGAGCAGAUAGAUGCUCUGACUGUCCCAGAAAAUUUUAAUGACUGCAGGAUGAAGAAAAAGGGACUUGUAAAGACGGUGCAAGAUUUCCUUGCCCAGUGCGAUAAGAUUGAGGCUUGCAUCUCAGACCACCUUUCGAAGAUCCAGUCGAAAAACCUCGCCCUGGCAGACUAGCUGAGCCUCCUGUGUUAUACAUUGCUCUGUGAGCAAUGGCAGAGUGUACAGAAAGCUUCCAGUGUGAAGCAGAUCCUGGUUUAUUUAUUGUUGGUGUGAUGUGUGCGAGAGAAUCUUCGACGUAAAGGAUUCAGCGAAAAAGACGGAUGCCGGUUAUCAGCGCAGACGCUGGGUACAUCACAGACACAUUGUCUGGUUUGAAGAGAGAAAUGAAGCGCUGUCUGAGUCGUUGUAACCACAGACACUCCAUGAAGCGGUGGGAGGUGCUUUCAUUUGUGUUAAAGUAUGUGGAUCCUUUGAAAAAAACAUCCCAACAUAGUAGUACUGCUAAUAUCAAAUGUCUGUGUCUACUCCCCCUUUUUAUCGCAUUUUAGCGUGUUCACCAUAUGGACGUUACACUUAUCGAGAUUUUGAUCAAACUGUUGUAACUUUGCUCCACUUUGGCCACAGGCAUGUUAGCAAUAAUGUGUCCUGUUCAUUUAAUCCUAAAAACUGUCAUGUGGAGAUGAAGUCAGGCCCAUGCACACCAAACUGGGAACAUUUCUUUAAUGAUGUCACUGUGCACACGUGUUGUUGAAACAGGAAUUAAGACAACAAGUCAAAAUAAUCAAAUUUGAUUGUAAACAAAGUGUCUAAUGUCAGGUUUUCUUCAUAUCCGAUCUUCAACUAAAUAUGGUUUGAGAAUCAACAAUGAUAUACUGUAUGUCACAAACUAAAAGAUAAGUUGAUAAAAUAAAUACAGCCCUAUUUCAUACCAAUAAAAUAACCCAAGAAACAAUGCUCUCCACAUACUUUUCAUUAUAUAGCACAUGGAUUCUGCAUGAAGAUUCAUCAACAAACCACAAUUGUCACAUCUAGCGUUUGAUGAUGUAUCUGUAGAACAUCCCGUCCAUAUUCCUUUGUUUUAAAAUAAACAUUUAAGACUUAA